AUGUCCAGGCGCGGGGAGUUCCGACUCAGUGAUGGUCUUUCCAAGCCCACGUCUGCCAUGUCUCUAUCUGACUCAACUCCCAAAGCUCGAAGCACCUUGGCAGAACAUUCAUCAACCACGCCCGGAGCGAUGGAUGUGUCCGUCGACAGUGGCUCUGGCUCUCGUGCAACCGAGAGCAGAAUCAUGGCGGGCCGAGGAGCUGGCACGGUGGCUCGCCUUUGCUGCAAGAUCGCACCGGCUACAGAUGACGACCAAAGCUUUUCUUGCACCACCCCCUCAACCACCUUCAACAUGCAAUUCACCGUUCUCGUCGCCGCCCUUGCCGUCUGCACUGGUGUCUUUGCCAGCCCUUCCAGCCAGCACAUGCAGGCGCAGGCUACCUCCCAAGCCGCUCAAUCUGGCCAAGCCGCUCAGACCUGGCCUUUCGGUUGGGGCUACGGAGGCCUCGGCGCCUACGGUGGUUACGGCUGGCCUUACGGCCGUGGCUACGGUGUCUUCUACUGA